CCUCCUGCUGUAGAGGGAUCUGAUCACUCCUCUCUUUUCCCCUCAAACAAAGAGCAGCAGCGACAGCCUCGCAGUUAAUGUUUUUUGCUUUAUUUUUCCUUUCAGCUAAUUUGAACCAGCAUCCACUGAGAGACUUUUGAAUUGUCCAACCCUUCUUCCAGCUAUUAAUUCCAUCUAUCUAAAGCUACCCCCGUUUUCCCGACCACGAGGCUGGAGAUGGUCCUACGGCUUUGCAGUGAUAUCCCCGCGUAUCUCGGUGCUCUGUUGUGGCUGACGGCGGUGUGGAGCUCCGCUACAGCUGCGCGGAGCUGUGCCGAGUCCCGCCGAGAGUACGAGGAGCGCGGCUACAGCGCGGCCAGUAGCCCGCUGUCCCCUAUAAGCGGGGAGCACUUGCGGCUCUGUCCUCAGGACUACACUUGCUGCUCCAGUUUGAUGGAGGAGACGCUGUCACGCCAGAGUGAGGCUGACUUCCUUUCUGCAGUUGAGGACAACAGUCAGUUCUUGUUGACGAGUUUCACUCAGAGGCACCGCAAAUUUGAUGAGUUUUUUCGGGAGCUGAUUGAUGUGGCAGAGAAGGCAAUGAAUCAGAUGUUCACCAAGACGUAUGGCCGCCUUUACACGCAGAACGCCCAGCUCUUCCAGCAGCUUUUCACAGAGCUACGACGUUACUACUCAGGAGGAGGUGUGAGUCUGUCGGAGGUGCUGUCUGAUUUCUGGGCGGGUCUGGUGGAGAGGGUAUUUUCUUUGGUGAAUCCUCAGUAUCAGUUUGGUCAGGACUAUUUGGAGUGUGUGAGCAAACACGCGGAACAUCUCCAGCCUUUUGGAGACCUGCCACGCAAACUCCGCGUACAGCUUUCCCGUGCAUUCAUUGCUGCAAGGGCUCUGGUCCAGGGUCUGGCCACCGGCCGAGACAUUGUUAAUAAAGCAGCCAAGUUAAGUGUGAGCUCUGAGUGUGUUCGUGCGCUGAUGCGGCAGUGGUAUUGCCCGCUGUGUCGUGGAAUGCCCUCCCUCAAAUCCUGCCACUCACUCUGCCUCAACGUAAUGAAGGGCUGCCUGGCCAAUCAGGCAGACUUAGACUCAGAAUGGAACAAUUUCAUUGACUCCCUGCUGUCUCUGGCCGACAGGCUGGCUGGGCCAUUUAACGUAGAACUGGCUGCUGAUUCUGUCGCCGUGAAAGUGUCCGAAGCCAUCAUGCACAUGCAGGAAAACAGUGUCACUAUUUCUACCAAGGUGUUUCAGGGAUGCGGAAGUCCUCGUCCAGUACCUGGCAGAGCAAAACGCUCACCCAGAGAACGAGAGAGAGAGAAUGAGAGACAGCGAGGCAGCAGGAGGCCAUUCAAAACUUACAGUCCAGAGGAGAAGCCAACUACUGCUGCAGGAACCAACUUGGACCGUCUGGUGCUGGAGCUGAAGGAGCGUCUGAGGCCUAUGAGGGGAUUCUGGGUAUCGUUGCCACACACUAUCUGUAAUGACGAUAAGAUGGCUGCUGAUGUGACCAAUGAGGACCGUUGCUGGAAUGGUCAGGCUAGAGGGAGGUAUCUGCCAGAUGUGAUGGGUGAUGGUUUGGUGAAUCAGGUGAAUAAUCCGGAGGUGGAAGUAGACAUUGCUCGGCCUGAUGUUAGAACACGCCAGCUCAUUAUGGAACUCCGAGUGGCCAUCAACCGCCUGAAACACGCCCACAAUGGCCAGGACACCGACUUUAUGGACAGUGAUGGAGAUGACAGCAGUGGUUCAGGACUGGGGGAGAGGUACAGUGAUGACUGGCCCGGUUAUGGCUCGUACUCACCUCCACGUAGCCCAGCCUACCCCCAAAAACCAUCCCGUCCCCGUGACCGAAGCACCACCAAGUGGAACAGAGCUCAGGGACCAACAAGAUCAGCCGCCAAGAAAGUUUCUCCUCUUUCCCUAUUCUUCCUGUCCCUCUCGCUGCUGCUGUUUCUUGCCCUUCAGUGGAGAUAGCCAGCUCCUUCAGUUUACAACAUCAUUCACUGGAAAAUGCUGGAAUCCUGCAGGACAGAGAGCAGCCAGUGAGACAAAAUGAACUGCAAAUAUUAGAAGCACAAAAGCAAUCAGAGGUCAGAGAAAGAGAGAAGGAUAAAUGAGAGCAAGAAAAAGAGUGUGGUGGAGAGCAAAAGAUGGAGAGAGGGAAAGAAGCACAUACUCUCUUCUUUUGUCCCAUGUGCCAAAUGGCUUCGGAAAAAGUGUGCCUGUGGCUUAUUGUCUAAUCAUCCUUUUAAAGGAGUUGUUUAGUUGAGCACUAGAGCAACAAGGCUAAUGUUGGUGCAAACAUAAGAAGUCAAUAGUCACCCAAAUCUUUUCUCUAAAUGCAGCCCCAAGACUUUUCUCACCAUGUUCAAACCGUAUCUAGGUCUUCAUUAAGGUUGUGCAGACAGUUGUAGUUGUGGUUUAGGGCAGUGUUUCUUACUUUGUCCUGGAGGCGAACUGCCCUGCAUAUUCUUGUUCUUUUUAUGCUAUAACACAACUGCUUUAUCUUAAUAAUGAGCUGAUUAGGACCAUCUAGGAUUUGCAUUCAUUUUUGCCAAGAACAGAAUAUACUCCCUGUUUAUUAACUAAAAAAUAAAUAGUUGAGCCUUGAGAUGAAAACGUAAGAGAAUCAUUGGUAAAGCCAAACUCAGACAUUUUAGGCACUGUCUACACGGUUUUUCUCCUCUGUUUUCAAAAGAUCCUCUCAUGAGCGUGCCAGCUUAGUUGUAGGUGAUAAUCCCUCAUAAAAUUUGAUUUACAAUUCCCAUGAUGUACAAUUCAUUUUUAAAUUAUUAAUUUUACUACGUGCGCCUUUAUGCUGAAGUGACAUCACAGAGUAGCAACUCUGACAAGUCGAAAUGCAGAAACUCCAUCUUUCCAAGUGGGAAUUAUGAUUUGGAUGGACAUUCAAAUGGAUGUUUCCCAUAUGGAUUUCGUAAACAUCCUAGUUCCCGCUUGCUCAUGAAAAUAGCAUAAACUAAAGAAGCAGAAUUUGGACAGUGAUCAUGUCUAAUUGUGCAGCUAUUCCUUUAAACUGUCAGUGGGCACAUACUUCAGUUCCUCUAAACACAAACUAGUUUCAUAGUAGUUACCAAGUAAUGCAUAGUAGUUACUGAAUGAUCAUCUUGAAGGAAUUCUCCACCAUUUUUGAUACUAAUUAUGUUAGUUUUCUUUGUUUUAUUAUUCUCUGCGCUUGUUCUUUUGGGACUCAUCACAUGGGUAGUUUUUUUCCCAACAUUUUUUUCCCAAUAGGAAAUUAAUGGCGUAAUGUUGAGAGAAUUCAAAUCUAACUACCACAAGUGUUGUCAGAAUGGACACCUCUGGAUAUUUCUGACUUUCAAAGACAUUACAUGCACUCACAUAAAUAUUAGCACAUAUAUAUGUCACUGCUAUGGUAUCCCAGAUUGUUAUUAAAUUGUUACUAGGCCAUUGCUGUGGUAUUCUAGGUGGCUGCUAAAGUUUUGCUUGGCCAUUGCUAUGGUAUUCCAAGUGAUUGUUAAGGUGUUGCAGGAUAAAUCCAAACACAUUAGAAUAAAUACAAAUAAAGUUACAUUACAUGUUAUAAAAGUAACAUGAAUUUCUUCUAGUUAGAAGCUAGUUUGAAGUUUGAAGUUUCCAGAUUCCAGAUUUCUUGUUGAAGCCCCCAGCCAUGACAUUUGUUAAGGUCAGUCACCAGCACACAUGAUUUAACUUAAUAAAGGUUUGAGUAGCCAAAUAGAAAUAAUACUAGGCAUUCUCAAUAAGAGGUUUGGAAAUGGAUUUAAACAAACACACAUAAAACCACAACUUAUUGUAUUAAUAUUAUUUGUAUUUAUUUUAAUGUUAGUUUUUUCCAGGCAAAUAAAUGGAUACUAGAUAAAUAGGUUUUUAAUUAAAAUUUUCUCAGGUGCCUAAAACCUUAGUUUGGUACUAUAUACAUGCACCGAUAAUCUCACCUUUAGGUUUUAUUUAUUUAUUACUUGACCUUUAUUUAUUGUGUGUGUGUUUACUGCUUUAAUGAUUUACAGUGUUCGCAAAUGUAAAGUUUGCUAUUGAAUGUUUAGACAGGGGGACUAAAAGGAGCUUUUGAUGUUGAUGUCUGAGCCAGUAUGUAAACCAUUCUGUAUUUGUACCUGGAUUUCUGUGUGAGAGGAAUGAAUGUGUGGGUGAAUGUUUUUUUUUGUUUGUCUGUGUUUUUCAGCUUUAUGAAGGUGUACCUCCUUCUUUUUUUACAUUUUCAGGAAAGUUUUACUGAAUGUUGAAGCUGAAUGUUAGGCUCUCCCUAAGGUUCCACUUUAGUGUUAGCAGUGGGGUUAAAGUUAGCAGUAGUACUGUAGUUAGAAAUGUAAAUGCUCUUCCAAUUUCUUGGUGGCAUAUCAGCAGCUGUUCUUAGAGUGAUGGAGCCUCAAUGCUAAAGUAGCUGCGGGCUGAAUCUGUGGGAUUUUUUGGACCACUAUUGUGAAAUACCUAGCUUUCAUCUACAGAGUGUUUUUUAUGUUUUGAAGAUAAAACAAUUCCACUUUUUAAUCAAUAUUCAGAGACAAUUUUGCAUUUGAACUCAAAAUAAAUGUUGCCUCUCAUG